AGUUUUGAUUUCUACAACGCUCCUGUGGUGAUCAUGCAGAGAGUAUCAUUUUAUCCUCGGGAGAGUAUAAUUUCCUCUGCAAGAUGACAGGCACCCUUGUGUCACUGAAGCAGGUGCUCCCCUGGAUUCUCUGCUUGGUUUUGAUCACAGCAGCUGGAGAGAACAUUCCCUGUCCAAAAGGUGGUCGGAUCCACUUGUCCAGCGUGCGAUGUUACUGGAUGUCUGAGACCACAUCUUCAUGGUCUGAGGCACAAGAUUCAUGCAGAGAGACUCCAGGGGGGGAUCUAGCAUCUGCUGGUAGCCUGGAGCUGCAAAACUUCAUCCACUACUCCUUUCCAGUGAAAACCACGGUGUGGGUAUGGCUGAAGGGACUAGGGGGAGAAGGGACUGAGCAGGAUGGGGUUGUGGAGCCAGUAAUUCCUGCACAUUGGGCUGGAGGCAGUGAGAACGGGUGUUCUCAGAUGGCCUUGGGGAUACUGGGACAGUGGAGGAGAGCACAAUGUGCUGGACAAUACCGCUACCUCUGUGAAAAAGAAGUAACUGAGGAUUUGCCAUCUAUAGACAGUUACCUGACUGGAUUGGUUCUUAUGACUGGCAUCUAUGCUCAAACCCAGAUACAACCACUUCUCAGUAUCCCAGACAUUGGACAACACACAGUGGAGAUGCAGCUCUUCCCAGGCUUGUGGUUCAGUCAUGCAGGUCAGUUGGUAUCAGUGGAGUUGGUAGUCCAGCCGAGUCCACUGUCCUCCCUGGCCCGUGUUCAGAUCCUCCGACCCUACUGCGACCCCAACCACCACCUGGUACCCCCAGGUUGCAGCUCUCUCCUUAAUCCAUUUAGCUGCUGCUCAGCAGUACCACUGUGUAACACUACAGGGGGCUGCAGCAUGGGCCACUACUGGUGCCACCUGCUGGAGGCCUGUGUACCCACCACCAGUCCCUGCAGCCCCUAUGACUCUGCAGCAGGGGUCCGUGGCUUUGCUUUACCUCCCAGAUACCCGGUGACACCACCCUUCUACCACCUGGUGGCAGACCUGUCUCUGAGAAUAAACCCUAGCUCUGAACUGAAAACUAUGAGUCUGCUUCUACCAAAUCAAGUGAUCAUGGUGUACCCUGACGAUAUUGUGGCAAUACAGCACACUCGCGACUCUGGAACCUUCCUUCAUUGCCUCAGCAGUGAAGCCUCUGUAAACUCCUCUUGGCGCCAGAGUUACCUGUCCCUUAAAGGGGCAGAGUGGGGAGGCUGGUGGCAGGGAGGCCUUACUUCUCUGUCACAUGGAGGGCAGUGGGUGGACGGUGUGGUGUGUGAUCUGAGGAUGCUGUACAUGGACACUCUUCACAGAGGCACAGAGCUUGAUGAUAGCUUUGGCUUCACCCACACAGAGGCGACCACAGCUUCUGAUAUUAGGCCCCUGACUACAGGUCCCACUGCAACUCUGAGAUCUAAAUUUAUGCUUAGUGUCAUCCACCCCCUGCCUGAUGAAAAGAACCAGAUUCAUGUUCAAAUCAACAACCCAACACUCAUCAUGGUAAAGACCCUGCAUGGACAGAAAGCCAUAAGCUCAUGGUCAGCCCCAGUGCUCCAAACUGGGGUCCCCUUUCUUCCAUCUUGCCCUGCAGAGGUGGCUUUGUCUUGGCCUGGCUGUAAGAGGCAGUCCCUUGAAGACUGGUUCUCCUCUGUGACUCUCUUAUUGCCCUCAGUGGGAGUUCAGACACUGAACAUCAGUGUGAUAGAUGUAGUAAGCUCUCAGAAUGUGCAGAGUGUGAGUGUGAAAGUUUGUGGCUAUGAGGCAGUGACAGGGCUUAGUGUUGAACCACAUGGACACCUGAGGAUGCUAGUAGACAAGUCACAGUCAUUUACAGCCAAAGUGGAGAGUGGUUCCUCAGUAAAAUUCACAUGGGUUAUUGAUGACCUGGAGAAGUUUGCCUAUGAAGGAGAAUCUUACAGUGUAGUGUUCAAGAAACCUGCUGGGUAUAAGCUCAGGAGCCAGCAAAUCCUCCUGACUGCAGAUGAAAUGACCCCACUGACUCAGCCAGAGCUCCUGUUUGUCAGGGAGUUCAUAGCUGUGAAUGCCACUCACCUCUACACCCUCAGGGUCAAAGUGGACAUCUCCCUGCCAGUCACCUUCAGGUGGGAUUUUGGUGAUGGCAGUCGAGACGUGAGCCACAGCCAGCCUGCUCCAUGUCAGACCAUGGAGGGGCUUGUGGAGAGAGGAGUGAAGCAAGUGUAUGUCCAGGACUCAGUGAACUAUACUUAUUUAAUUCCAGAUGACUACGUUCUUCAUGUCCAAGUCUCCAACCAGUAUGACAACAUUGGCACAUCCAUGAAGAUUAAGGUCCGCCCUGAGAUACGGCACCUCCUAAUCUCCUAUUGUCCCUCAGUGCCUCUUGUCAAACAGCCUCUUCUUCUAGAAGCUUCUGCAGAACCCUCCACCUAUGCUGUCCUCUACAUAUGGGACUUUGGCGAUGGCUCCAAAGCUAUCCAAGGCAUUCACCAUAAGGUCCAUCACACUUUUGGAUCUGCUGGGCUUUAUAAUGUCACAGUGUGUGCAAGCAACACUCUUACUACCCUGACCAGCUGGCUAAUCCUGGAAGUUAUGGAGAAAAUCUCUGGAUUAACCAUUAGCUACAAUGAAUCUACUGAAGUAAGCUCUGCUAUAGAUUUUAGAGCUAAAGUUGCCACUGGUACAAGUCUUAUCUGGGAUUUUGACUUUGGUGAUGGCUCCCUGCAGGGAAACCUUGCAGAUGGUUCCAUCUCUCACAUCUAUACGUCUCCAGGAAAUUAUACAGUAGAUGUAACUGUCUCUAAUUCUGUCAGCAAAGCUCAGCAAUCUAUCAGAGUAGAAGUCUACAGUUUGGCUGUUAGUGGAAUUCUCCCCACAGAAUGUGUUAUAAAUGGAAAAGACAUACAGUUUACUGCUCUGGUAACUGGGAAAAUAUCAAUUCUGGCUUUCCAUUGGCAAUUUGGAGAUGGAUCACCUUUGAGUGUAGUGACAGGACAGUCCACAGCCAUGCAUUCAUUUCCAAACCAAGGAAUUUUUCAUGUUACCCUGACUGUGUUUGGUCCUGUUACAUCUGUAUCAUUUAAUACAAGUAUCUGUGUCGAAGCACCAAUGACCAACAUGACAGUGCAGGCAUCACAGGAUGUUGUGGUAGUAGGAGAAAAGAUAUGCCUCAAGGUGUUAGUUUCCCCAGAGCUGCUGACAGGUUACCAAUUUAAGUGGUUUAUCAAUUCCUCUAGUGUUGCUGCUAAGACAGAAAACUCUCAGAAAUGCUUUGUCUUUAAAGACGAAGGUGUUGAAGAGGUAUCUGUAAUGGCAAGUAAUAAAGUCAGCAACAAAACAGCCAAGGUUAGCAUCACCAUUCAAAAACCUGUGAGUGAGCUGUCUGUGGCACAUGAUAGUCAAAGUGACACACUGACAGUCAAUACGUUAGUGUCAUUUUGGGUUGCUAGUUGCACUGGAAGCAAUGUGUCAGUGCAAUGGGACUUUGGAGACGGUUCUCCGGUGGAGCAUGGGGCAAACGUAUCACAUGCCUUUACCUCAACAGGUCAGUUCACAGUUGCUGCUACAGCAUCUAACAUGGUGAGCAGAGACUCUGCAACCCUCAAAGUGAAUGUUUUACUUCCUGUUGUGGACCUUUCACUUCACACCAACCAGCCUUAUGCUGUAGUAGGACAGGAAACUCUUAUCACAGCAGUUAGUAGUGCUAUCAGUAGCACUAACUACUACUGGACUGUAGACGGUAUAACUUCAACACAACAGGGGACCUAUCAGUUCAGAUUUUCUUUCCCCACACCAGGAGUGCAUCAAGUGAGGGUUGUAGCCCAGAACUUGGUGAGUAGAAGGGAGGCAGCUAUUUUAAUUGAGGUCUUUGAAAGAAUAGAGGGUCUUCAGAUUGAAUGUCACUGCCUGACAAAUAUGAAAUACAUACCAACCCAAGAGGAACUACUGUUUAUUGCUUCAGUCACCAAAGGCUCCAAUGUCACUUAUCACUGGCUUGCUGCACAGAGUGAAAUAAACCAAGAAAUUACUUGUGAUGGAGAGCUUUUCCAUCUGUUGGCUGAAACCCCUGGCGAGAUCUUAGUUCAGCUAAGAGCCUCGAACAAUUUGGGUGAGGCCACCCGUACUGUUUCUUUAGUGGCAGUAGACAGUGUAGCAAGUGCACACAUUACAACACAAUCAAACAUUGUGGCAUUAGGGAAAUUAGUGAAUAUUUCUGUAUUUGUGGUUUCUGGGUCAGACCUAGAGUACCUUUGGUAUGUGGACUCUGAUCCAUCACCCCUACAGACACAUACACCCUUUCUUCUCCACACUUUUACAAGUUUGGGCCAUUGUCUUGUCACAGUUUCUGUUCGGAAUAUUCUCAGCCAAAGCAAUGACACUAAACAGUUUGUAGUCCAGGAGGAGGUACAAGAGGUGGACUUUGAAAUUGAAGGAAAGGCACGUCCAUUUUAUAUCAACACAAGUGUUGCUAUCCCACUCCAUGGGCUUAUUCAGAAGGGAAGUGAUCUGCACUGGGACUGGAAAGUUAUAGGUCCCAAAACCAACCUUUUUAAAGCUACUAAUCGGACCAUUAUCUACACUUUUCCAUAUGCCGACAUCUAUCAGGUGUCUUUGAAUGUGUCCAAUGGGAUAAACUGGCAGAUGGUUUUACACAGAGUCACUGUCCAGGAUAGAAUUGAGGGUCUUCUGCUGAACAUUACCAAGCCCUCGCUCUGCAAUGAAGAAGAAGUUACUUUUAUUCCAACAGUCUCCAAAGGAAGCAAUGUAAGUUUUGUCAUAACAUUUAGAAACAAAGACUGGAUUCGUAGUCAGGGAAUUCUUGAAGGGCAAUGCACCACAUCAACCCUUCCAGUUGGGAAACAUCUAGUUACAGUGAAAGCUUGGAAUCUGGUCAGUACUGCUGAGGUGUCUUCCAGCAUACUGGUCACUGAACGCAUUCAAGGUUUGCAACUUGUAAACUGUUGUUCCGCUGCACUAGAGGCUCUGAAAGGAAUCCAUUUCAAGGCAGAAGUUCAAAGUGGGUUUCCAGUUAACUACACCUGGAUAUUUCACUUGGUGGGGUCAAAGCCCACAUUGCUCACGGGCCAAGAAGUGAUAUUUACACCACCAGACAAUGGUACACUGUCUGUUAGUGUGGUGGCCAGCAAUGGAGUCUGUUCCCACAUGCUAAAUGAGACUGUUACAGUGGAGUGGCCUGUUAAGAAGAUCACGCUUGUCUGUCAAUCAGAGAGAAUAUUUGUCAGACACCCUGUCAAGUUUUCUGCAACAAUUAAUGGAGGGAGCAAUGUCAAAUAUCUCUGGGACUUUGGAGAUUCCACUGAAGUAUUGGUGACAGAGCUGAGCACAGUCAGUUAUACUUAUUAUAAUCCUGGAAAAUACAGUGUUGUGGCCAAAGUUCUCAACAGUGUCAGCCACAUGUCCACACAGCUUCACAUUAAAGUGGAGGAGCUCCAGUGUUCCAGCCCUCAAGCUUCUCUCAUCCAGAGCCACUCUACUAUCUACAGGUCUAGACUGAGUUUCUUUGAAGCCAGCGUGAACAUUAACUGCUCUGCUUACAAGACCAUCUACCUAUGGGAGAUAAUCAGAGGGUGUAUUUGUACACCCUUGGACAGUGGGAAUGUACAUUUCUCUGGAAACAAAGUCAUUCUUAGAAGUCAGGUAGAUGCAGCUUCACCAUUUCUCUUAAUUCCAAAGCACACUCUUGAUGUGGGACAGUAUUGCCUUGUAUUCAGCGUUUCACUCCAGGGAACUCCUAUAUUAGUCCAACGCACAACCAACAUCACAGUUGUUCACUCCCCGCUGGUAGCUGUCAUCAAGGGAGGCUCCCACAAACUGUGGCCCAGCUUCAGUGACCUCAUCCUGGAUGGAUCUGAAUCUCGAGACCCUGAUGUGGAGCUAGGAGUGGAGGAUACACUGCAGUAUCACUGGACCUUCAUGAGAGCGGUAACUGUGUGUGAAGCUCCUGUGCUUCCUGUAACUGUGGAAUGUGUGUCCUGUUCUGCCCUCUCCUCCACUCAUCGCAUCAGUUACACCACCACCAUCAUUCUUGCUGGACAAUGUGGGCAAUGUGAUGACCAGACUCAGUACAAAUGGAGUGCUGAAGGCCAGGAUGGCAUGCCUUUUGACCUUGAUGACGUUGCUAACACUACAGGGAGACAUUCACCAAAGUUGGUGAUACGUUCAGGUGUCCUCCAGCCAGGACUGAGUUACACCUUCACUCUCAAUGUGUCUCAGCCUGACAGAGGUCAGUGGGGCAGCGCCAGCCUGAACAUACUAUUGAACAAUCCACCACAUGGAGGUCUAUGUGAUCUGAGUCCAGAGUCAGGCAUACGUCUGCUGGAGACAGUGGUCACCUAUAACUGCUCAGGGUGGCAAGAUGAUGAAAGCGAGGCUUCUCAGCUGAUCUAUACUUUCCAGGUGGCACCAUGCCAGCCCAUUACCAGUGUGUGCCCCACACUCACCCUGUACAGGGGUACUCGUUCAACAUUUGGCAGCCUGGUUCCAAUGGGACGUUCUGGGCAAGAAAGAUACUUGUCUGUUAUCAGAGUCACUUUACUGGUAGAGGACCAUCUGGGCUCAAAGGUCAUUGCUCUGAACAGAACACUGACAAUUGAAAAUCCUACAACGGACGAAGUUUCCAGUCAGUGGCUCAGAAACAAGAGCCAGACGGAGCUGUGGGCUUUAGUCCAACAUGGUAACCCUCAAGAGAUCAUUCCUUAUUCCAUUGCCCUUACCAGCCAACUCAAUCAGAUGGAGUCUGAACAGACUGCCAGUGAGCUCAUGGACAGGAGGGAGAUCCGGGGAAAUGUGUCCCAAGCCCUGGCCUCUCUCCCCAUCUCCUCCUUGCUGGAUGUUGAUCAGAUCAGCUCGGCACUAGCACAGUCCACUGCAGUUCCUAGUGAGUUGGUAUGUAAAGGCUGCCAGAAGAAGGUUCUGGAAGCUGUCAGGAAGAUGAUCCAUGUGAUGGAAGAACAGAUGAGUCCUGGUGUUGUAUCAGCUCUUGACACAGGAAAGAACAUCCUCAGUGUCUUAGGUAGCACCUUGGCUGCUGUGUCUGAAUCAGCCAGUGCUUCCAGUUCUCACCCAGCCUACUCAAACACUCUGCAGUCAGCUUCAAGUAUUGCCCUGUCAGCACUGGCCCACGCAGGAGCUCUAAUGCGUUCUCUGCUGCAUUCACGUGUUCAUGGCGAGAAACCCAUUUUGCUGUCCACCCCUUAUGUCAGUACAUUUGGCUUCCAGGGAGACCCCUCUGACCUCCUGUGCACUCACCAAACAAACCAAUCCAACCAAAACAAGAUCAUGUCCUCUCAGUCAUCAUCAACUGACAGAUCAAAGAGUUCUCGUCUAUGUCAGUUUCGUAUCCCCACCUCCCUUACUGCUCACCUGAAGAGUCAGAUAUCUGAGGUGGUGCAGGUACUGGUUGGUAUGGAUGGAGCACUCAAGUCCAACCCUAUGUUGAGUGAAGCCAACCCUCCAAUUUCCACCUCUCUGGUUGCCAUGGAGCUCACCACUCCUCAAGGUCUGCCCAUACCCAUCAAGGAUCUUGACCCUGAACAGGCCAUAGAGGUAACCCUGCCCCGCAAGUACCCUAUGGAACAGGGAGGUGAGGAUGGAGAUGGGAGAGGAGGUGAAAACAGGAAUGGUACAUGUCUUACUGUAACACUCCCCACUGAAGGACAGUUGAACUUCACAGUAAAAGCUGUAGAUGGACUGGAUGAAAAUGCAGGCUUAUACAUCUCCUUCAACUUCAGCCUGGUCCCAGGAGCUACUCCAGUGAGCUUGGGACAUCUCAAGGCAGAAGUAAGCUCAAUGGUGCCUGGGACUAAUGCAUCCCAGGAUUCCCUAGUGAGAGAAUGGGCUCUCACCCUUUCUGCCCCAACAGCCUCCUCAGAGGAAGCCAUCUUUCUGUCGCCACUCUCUCUGUGCCAGUACUACAGUGUGAAGGAGAGGCGUUGGAGCAGUGAGGGUCUGCAGCCACUGGAGGGCAGCACGCUCCACACAGCUCACUGCCUCACCCAGCAUCUCACCAUGUUUGGGGCCAGUUUGUUUGUUCAUCCUGGGGCUGUUGUUCUGUUGCCACCAUCAGGUGGUCCCAUGCGUAACAUGGUGGUGGGGAUUGUGUGUGCUGUCCUGGUUCUGAUUCACCUGCUUGUGGGGCUCAUUGCACAUAAACUGGACCACUUGGACAGCUUGAGACUGAGCCAGGUCCCUCUGUGUAGCCGACCAGGUUUAUACCACUACAGAGUUCUGGUCAAGACUGGUUGGAGACAAGGAGCAGGCACUACAGCACAUGUUGGCAUCAGUCUGUAUGGUGUGAACAAGAGCGGUUCUCACCAUCUGCAGAGGGAUGGAGCUUUUCAGCGUGGCAGCCUGGACCAGUUUCAUCUGGAGACAGAUGACAACCUGGGAGAAGUCUGGAAAAUUCGCAUCUGGCACGACAACACAGGUCUGGACCCAUCCUGGUACGUUCAGCAUGUGGUGGUGUGGAACCCUCAGACAGACCACAUGUUCUUUUUUGUGCUGGAGGACUGGCUGUCUGUGGAGAAUCAGAAGAACGAGACUGUGGAGAAGGAAGUUCUGGCCUCAUGUCCCGAGGAGCUUUGUCAGUUUCGACGGGUUCUCACCUCCCAGCUGAUGUUUGGGGUGGUGGAACGCCACCUGUGGCUGUCGCUGUGGGAACGUCCCACUCACAGCUGUUUCACCAGGGGUCAGAGAGUCACCUGCUGUGCACUCAUGCUGCACCUGUACCUGGCACUGGGGGCUCUGUGGUAUGGGGCUGUGGGCUCUGAGGAGAACAGUGGACCAGUGUCAGCCCAGCUGCUGAUUAACUUUGAGGUGGUUGCCGUGGGAAUGACUGUGGCAGUGCUGGUGUUUCCUCUCCAGUGUUUCCUCUGUUUCCUGUUUAGGAAAACUCACAGUCAGGUAAUGGUGGACAUGUCAGUUCCUCCCUCUCCUGUCUGUCACUCUGUGGAGAUGGACGUCUACCUCGGCCAAUCAGAGCUCUCCGGACCCUCCUUCUUAUCUCUGCCAGACUCCACCAGCCGAAUCCCAGACAGUCCUUCCUCUUUACUGGAGAGCAAGGCGUUCGACUCUAGCAUCCUGGACUUCUGGGCUGCCUCUGGCUUGGCGCCCCAGACAGACAAAACGUGUCAAGACAAGGGUGUGGCAACUUGGCCAUCUUGUGACAGUCUCCUUAAUUUACCGGUAGACUUACAUCCCACCAAGGCCUCACCUGCUCUGGGCCACACACGCCAGCUGAGGAGGAAAAAGGCCCUGAUGCAGCUACGCCUGGCCUCACCCUCCUCCCCUGACACAGCCACUUCUCUUGUCCCCUCACCUUUCAAAUAUCCCCUUUUAAAAGAAAUUGCAGACUCUGAUUGCUCCACUACUGCACCAGGCCAGGGGAUCGUCACAGUGAACGCAAACCCGGUCCAAAUUCACAAACACAAUCUGACAACAUUUCUAACUCUGUCUGAGGAGGAUCUACUGAUGUCUAUAGCAGCAGCAGCAGAGGACACACCGGAUACAUUCAACAGUAACUCGGACAGCGGCCGGGAUUCUCCCAGAACCACGUCCUCAUUUUCAGUCACACAGAGCACCUCCUGCAGCAGCUGGUCAGAUCAGAGUGAGGACAAGUCCCUGUACGGAGCAGAGAUCCAAAAGCCAGACCCACAGUCCUGCUCCUCUCUGUAUGGACUCUACAAGUGUCCCUCUGUGCUGUCUGUUGACUCAGUGGCUAGUACCUUCCUGCCGAGCCCUUCUCCUGACUCCACACGCUCCUCCUCCACCACACGGAUAGGUGUUGCUCGAGGUCAACCCAGCUGGCUGCUUCCUCCCUGGGUGCUGUGUGUGAUUUACCCCCUGGUGGCUGUGCUGCUGGGCACAUGCCUGGCUGUGGUUGGACUCUAUGGCAGCUUCUUCUCCAGACCUGUGAUCCUCAUGUGGCUGGUAUCGGCUCUCUCUGCCUUUCUCACCUCUGCUCUGCUGCUGGAGCCUCUCAAGGUGUGUGUGCAAGCAGUAAUCUACACAGCAGUGUGGAGGCCUGUGGAUCCAGAGGUGGAGGACCAGCUGGCUAAGGAGACCACAGUAGUGAGGGCAUUUGGAGAGCAUAGUGGAAAGGUUCGACCACCAUGUGGCUACGGGCUGCUGCAGGCUAAAGAGGAGGCACGCAAAGUCCGAGCUCUGCAAUCACUAAUGAGGCACUGCGUGUGCCAGCUGUUGUUUCUGUUACUGGUGCUGAUGGUGAACUACCAGGAUAGCAUAGAGCAGAGGCAGGGCAGGCUUCUGCACUCAGCUGUCAGACACCAUCUUCACACAGCACCACUGGGGUUCCCUAACCUCACCUCACUCAGAGACUGGUCAGAUGCAGAGAAGUGGAUCAACCACACCUUGGUGCCACAUCUACACCAAAGCCCUUCACUGCGUCUUGUUGGGCUGCCGCAGCUGCAGUGCACGCACACACUCGGCCACGUGGCAGGUAUCUCUCUGGGAAACAGCAGUGUGACGACAAAUGAGCUCCUUGCUGACCUGCACAUGGCAGACUGGAGCAGGAAACUGUUUAAAACUCUUUCUAUUGAUUUCACACACUACCACAGAGAGUCUGGUUUAUUUGUGUGUGUGUCCAUUCAGCUAGAGAGGGCUCAAACACACAGAGUCACUCCCUUUCUCUCCAUCCAUCCAUUCCUAAUCCCUUCAUCCUUCUCUGGUCUGGAUCUUCACGUGGCACUUACGGUUCUUCUUCUCAUCUCCGCUCUCCUUAUCUUGUUUGGGGAGCUGUGGCCCAUGGUUACUGAGCUGGCCCAGUAUCCGCAUCAAUGCAAACACUGGUUGCAGCUCCUCUUGGCCUUGUUGUCACUGGCAACAGCUAUCCUGCAGUUCUGCUUCCUGUCUCUUGCCUCAUCAUGUGUUUCCAAGCCCACAGCGUUCAUCACUGAAUUGAAUUUCUACUCCUUUCCAUCACUGUGUGUUCCAGCUCCUGGGAACCUUAAGGUUUGUACGGAGGUGGGUGGUGAUAGGCAGAGUGCUGCAGAGAGCCUGGAGGGAGCUGGUGGCUCUGACCGUCCUACUGCUGCUGCUGCUUAUGCUCUGUACUCACCUCGGAAACACGUGGAGGGCUUUCUGUCUGUACAUGAGGCCAGUGUGUCAGUGCUGUCCAUCCUGCGUGGCCGAGUGAUUCUCCAAAAAUUAUGCAAGGUCCACCCAGUCCUGGGACCCCUCUAUGGACUACUGCUGAUGGGGGGAGGUUUCUGGCUCUUGGCCAGACUCUGUGGAACUGUUCUUAUUCGUACAUAUAGGGCAGAGCAGGCUGAGCUGUACCAUCCAAACAUUGACCCUCAGGACUAUGAGAUGGUGGAGUUUUUCAUCAAGAGACUCAAAUUGUGGAUGGGACUCACCAAGGCAAAAGAGUUCCGGCACAGGGUAAAGUUUGAAGGCAUGGAUAUCCCUCCUUCCAGAUCCUCCCAGGAAUCCCGUCUCUCCACCCUUUUAUCCACCCUCCCAUCAUCCCACUCCCCUUCCCUGUCCUCCUCAUUUUCAUCCCCCCGUCCCCUGUCUUCGGCUCUGUCUGUGAGGUCAGAAGAGUCAUCAGUGUCUGACCUUGGGUUGGACGUCUUGCCUUACCUGGACCGCCUGGUCCCCUCUGUCAGUGCUCUGCUAUCUUGUUUUGAUCGAGUCAACCAGAUUAUUGAUGAUGUUCACAACCUGGAAAUGAAACUAGAGCAGGCUCAGGCCAGGAGAAGGAAGAGGUGGAUCAGCAACAAGGAGGAAGGUGCAGAAAGAUUCAGGGGGUCAACAACAAAGGAACCAGAAGAAGGAAGGAUAACAGGUGAACUUAGACACAGGAAGACAGGUCUUCUUUACCCCAAGCCACGAGUCUCCCUUCCAUCCUCCUUUUCUUUCAAUCCCCCCACACUUCACUCCUCUGCUGCAUCGAUCUGCAUUGUUCCCCGCACACGGAGCUCUUACUCUGAGUCUGAGUCAGCUUUGCCUCAGGUGUCUGGUGAAAACCAUACUUCUGAGGCAGCCAGGCCUGCAUUUGGAGUCUGUGGUUUGUAUCCUGCUGGUUCUCCUAGGUUUGGACAGUUCCCCAGGAGAAGAGCUUGGCAUUCUGGGAGCUCUCAUUCAGCUGAUGCAGCUCAGAGGGCCUUCCAGUUCCCAGGAGGAGCUGUGCCAUGUAGAAAUGGAGAAGAGAAUGUAGCAUAUACAAAUGGCAGACCCAGGAGUGAAGAGGGGGUAAGAAGACGUAUCAGUGAUGGAGUCCCUGUGAAGAGGAAGGCUUGGAUCUGUGAAGGACCAGAGACUGAGCAAGAUUAAACAUGUGUUUACACUAGAACUGAACUUAGCUUAUACAUUCCCUUUUUACUGGUAGAGGCUUUGACUGGAUCUCUGUAGUGGUUUGCAGCUACAAUGCUGAACAGCUGGACUGUAUUUAUUGCAUAUAAUACUGUUUUUGAAGAGUUGGUGUUGUCAGUUUUAUUCCUCCUCAAAAGUGCCGCAGUUUGUGAAAACUGUUUUAUUACUUCAUGUCUUCUGUAUCUCUGAAGGGAUUUCCUAAACAUUUAAUAACCCCUGAUGAUCAUCUCAGCUUCGACUUGGAUACAACCAAUUUUUCAGAUAAGUCAUAAGUGAACUUGGGGUGUGGAGUUUGAAAGUCAUACAUUUUUAUCAGGCAGGAAAGGUCUAAUGAAAGACACUAUUGAUACUAUUGUUCCAUUAUGAUAACUUUUGGAUCCAGCUCUUUGGAGUUUGACUCAUGCCAGGAUAGCCCAGCCUCUGCCACAAUGACUUUGAACAGUACAAUACUAAAUCACUAGAGAACCAGUUUAAUCAAAAGAAAAAGAAAACACAAAUAUAUUCUUCAAUAAAGAACUAUUUCUGAUUUCUGAUGACUAUUUCUGAAAUAGGUCCUCAAGCUCCAUUUAUGAAUUUUUUAUUGAGUCCUCUAAACUUCCAAAGAAACCAACUGGGAAGUUCUGAGUUAGCAGCAAUAAACUUUUCAAUUCCAAAUUUACCAAUAACUAUUUCACAUAGAAAAUGAGAGAGACUCCAGCAUACUGCUCAAUCAAACAAACCUUUCGGCCUUUAUUAGAAUACAAGUUAUUUCUGUGUUCGGGAAUCUCCUGUCAUACAGAAUAUAGAGCUCCUUCAUAAGAAAGAAUGAAUGUGCAGGUCUUUGAUGGACAAGAAGUUACUUGGGAAAGAGUUUUCACUAUUGUCUACUUUUUUGCACAUAUUACUGUUCCUUAUAAUACCUGUGAACGCUGAUAUACUUUUUCGAAGACACUGUGGAUAUCAAACUCUGCAGACAAAUAAAGACAAGUGACCAUA